GCGGCGCGUGUCACGUGGUGUGCGUGUCGAAGGUCACGGCGCGCUCACAAUGGAGCUCUCCGAGUCUGUGCAGAAAGGCUUCCAGAUGCUGGCGGAUCCCGGCUCCUUCGACUCCAACGCCUUCACGCUUCUCCUCCGGGCGGCUUUCCAGAGCCUGCUGGACGCCCAGGCGGACGAGGCCGUGUUAGAUCAUCCAGACUUGAAACAUAUCGACCCAGUGGUUUUAAAACAUUGUCAUGCAGCAGCUGCAACUUACAUACUAGAGGCAGGAAAGCACCGAGCUGACAAGUCAACUCUAAGCACUUAUCUAGAAGACUGUAAAUUUGACAGAGAGCGAAUAGAACUGUUUUGCACGGAAUAUCAGGUUACUUUAAAAUUUUUAAUUAACAGUGACUAUUUUUCUUUUACUCUAUUUGUAAAGAUCUGUUUUUUUUCUCUCUUUCUUUUUCCUCUCCAGAAUAAUAAGAAUUCCCUAGAAAUCCUACUGGGAAGCAUAGGUAGAUCUCUCCCUCAUAUAACGGAUGUUUCUUGGCGCUUGGAAUAUCAGAUAAAGACCAAUCAACUUCAUAAGAUGCACAGACCUGCAUAUUUGGUGACCUUAAGUAUACAGAACACUGAUUCCCCAUCCUACCCAGAGAUUAGUUUUAGUUGCAGCAUGGAACAAUUACAGGACUUGGUGGGGAAACUUAAAGAUGCUUCGAAAAGCCUGGAAAGAGCAACUCAGUUGUAACUUGGGGAAGUUAACGAUCCGCCCGAGUGCAGAGGAAAACCAGAAACGCCUUGCCUUGAGCUGAACCACCGUUUGUGCGAGCUGGAUGUUCUUUUCAGUAGAAAAGAAUUUUCCUUUUGAAUUUAUACCAUUCAUCAAUUUUGACACUUUAAAAAACACGUGUGAAAAGGUUAAGAGGGAAAGAUACUGCCCAAGUAUUGAAUCGUUUAGUACUAACUGUCCAUUUAUUCUAUUUUGAUCUUUUUCAAGUCUUCUGAAAGGAAGUAGACAGUAUUACACCCUGAAUAAAUAAGGUGUUGUUUUCCACAAA